GGCUUCAAACUCAGAUCCACCUGUCUCUUGACGGCAUGCACCACCACUGCCUGGCUUAUUUUUUGUUUUUAUCGUAAUAGGACUUCGGUGAGUCACUGACCUCUCUGGGUCUCAGUUUACUCAGUGUUCUAGCAUGGAUGGCAAUAGUUGCAACUGGUGGUUCUGAGCAGAUUAAAGGCACCUGUCCGUCCGUCCAUCGUCCUGGCACAGCUAGCUUCAUGCUUCCUUGGGCAGCAGCCCCAACUUCCAGGACAGCGCCCCUUCUCUUCCCCAUUCCUGUCCUUCUCUGUGAACAUCUGCUUCCCCAUCAGGGAAUGAAGAAGGCAGAGAUGGGUCCUGUGUCUCUGGAGUGAGCCAGGGCUGGACACAGACUGGUUCUUGGAAAAUGUGUGUGGAUUGUGUGCGUUUUCUGAACUGGGCAGACCCCAUGUUCAGCCAGUGACAGAGGUGGGUAGUGAGAAAGUCCCUGGCACAGUGCUGGCCUGGUGACUUUUUUUUUUUAAGUCGUGAAUAAGCCCCUGGGUGAGAUGGGAGAAAGUGAAACCAAGGGGUCAGGAUCAUGUGAUGAAGGCAGGACUUCAUGGUGUAGUAUGGGUUGGGAUAGGGUAGCUGGAUGCAGAAUCCGUUGUGGAAUUCUUCUCAGAUCUUGGCAAAGCUGCAUGCGGCUCCCAGCAGUGGGAAGGGGCCUUUGAAUGUUCUCAUUUUGCCUGAGGGAUUGGAUGAACAUGAGUACAGCUCAGACGAGCGUGAAGGGCAGCUAUUACAGACAGGCCAGAGAUCCCCUGGAGCUGUAGUUACAGGUGCCUGCAAGGGCUGCAGCAGGUGCUGCUCAUGUGGCAGCAGGAGCUGCCCUCUGAGAGUGACAUGGCCUAUGCAGACUUCCUCUCCCUGGACAUCAGCAUGCUGCGGCUCUUUGAGAAUUUCUUGGAGUCCACGCCACAGCUCACACUGGUGCUGGCUAUCGUGUUGCAAAGUGGCAGUGCCGAAUACUACCAAUGUCCUCUGCAGCAGCUCCCCAAGGAACCUGCCUUGUCAGCCCUCACAGUGGGACCUGAGAGAACCCCUCACUUCACUUAUGAAGGUGCAGAAAGGGUUUGGCAUCAGCUCCUCCUUCCUGGGCAUCUCGUGGGCACUGCUGGACUACCACCGGGCCUUGCGUGCCUGUCUACCCUCUAAGCCCCGCCUGGGCUGGAGCUCCUCUGCCGUCUACUUCCUGUGGAACCUGCUGCUAUUGGGGCCCCGGAUCUUGGCUGUUGCCCUGUUCUCGGCUCUCUUCCCCUACUAUGUGGCCCUGCAUUUCCUCAGCCUGUGGCUGGUACUGUUGUUCUGGGUCUGGCUUCAAGGCACAAAAUUUAUGCCAAACUCCAGAUCUGAGUGGCUGUACCGGGUGACAAUGGCAAUCAUCCUUUAUUUUUCCUGGUUCAAUGUGGCUGGGGGCCGCACCCGAGGCCGGUCCGUCAUCCACCUGGUCUUCAUCCUCAGUGACAGUGUGCUGCUGACCAGCACCUGGGUGACCCGCAGCACCUGGCUGCCCAGUGGGACCUUCUUGCAGAUGUGGUUGAUUGUGGGAGGAGUCUGCUUCCUCCUGGGACUGACUCUGCGUGUGAUCUACUACCUCUGGUUGCACCCUCACUGCCAAUGGGAACCCGACCAAGUGGAUGGGGCCCGAAGUCUCCUUCCUUCACCACGGCCUAAGCCGCUUUAUAACAGGCGAGCCACUCUGUUAGCACGCAACUUCUUCCCCAAGGUCAAAGCGGAGGUUUCUCUUCCAGAGAUUGGAGCGGGGGAAGAAGUCCUUUGAGGCAGGUUCUGACUCAGUGGGGAAGAUGUGGGGAGCUGGGCCUUGGAAGGGCCAAAGGCCCAUCACACACAAGCCAUUCUCUUCCUGUCCAACCAACAGAGCCGCUGUCCCCAAAGCCUCUGGUUUGCAUUCUCACUUCUCAGGUACCUGGUGGAGGUGUCCCGUCUCCUGGGUUCUCUGGCCUGCUCUAGAAGGUCCUGGGGUGCUGGGAGAUGUUCUCCCUGUCUUCCCUACCCCACCCUAUCCAUUUGCUUCAAUCAACAAAUCCUGAGAGCGCUUGAAGUUCUGGGAGCAUCAUUCUAACUGUUGAAUCGGCGGCAGCCCUAGUGCCUCUCGCUAACCCACUGGACAAAUCUGAUUUCAGAGGCCAGUGGUGACCCCAGCCCCUCCAGGGUCGAGAUGCAGCUGUCUCUACUGUGGGUCUUAGGCCUCCUUAAAACCAGGUGCCUUAUGGACCUGUGGUCUAGGCCAUGUACUAUCCAUUGAGUAUUUUUCAUUCUAGCUAGCAUACAUACCUCCUACCUCAAUCUGUGAAAGGAAGAAAACAUGUGCGCAUGUGUUUAACAGUAUUAUUAAAACCGCAUGAAGUUCUCCAGUAUGUACCAUUAAGUACAGUCCAUCACCCUUUCUAUUAUAGACAGGUGGCAGGGACCUGGAACCUAUAAAACUGGUACAGACCCCUGGAAUAGAGAUGUGGGCGGACUUAGGUUUGACUUUGUAAUGAAUAUCUAAAUUGUUCCAGUAUAAUAAAAACUCAGGAAUCAGAAAUUAAGAUAAAGACCUAGAAAAUCCAAGGACAUUGGAGAAUCAA